UUAAUAAAUUAAAAAAUUAUCGUUGCCACACGCUUAUAGAUUCAUCUAAGAUUCUUUUCUUACAUUUUCUCUUCACUUUCUCAGUUACCAAACAGAUUCACUGCCUUUAAUAUUUUCUUAUCAUAUUUUUUCUCGGAGAAAAUUCAACAAUGGCGUUGAAUUUCUCCCAGAAACUCCUUUGUUUACACACAGUACACACUCACAAAACCAAUCCACUUUCCAAAUCCCAAUCCAUUGUCCGAAACCCUAUCUGCUCAGUUCGUUUCCGGAAUCGUUCGCUGCUCAAAUCAUCGCCUCAGAAGAACUCGACCACUUCGAAAGAGCCUGAACUCGAAAUCACUCCCGGGGAUGACACGCCGCCUCGACUGUCGAUUUCCGAUUCCGGUUUUUCUAGCCUUCGUCGUUUCAGUGAUGGGAUUUUUAAGUUUGAGGGACUCUUUCCGGAGAUAAUGUCAAUUGCUUUGCCUGCUGCUUUGGCUCUUGCUGCUGAUCCCAUUACAUCGUUGGUUGAUACAGGAUUUGUUGGCCAUAUAGGGUCUGCUGAAUUGGCUGCGGUUGGGGUGUCUGUUACGGUGUUCAAUGUAAUUGCUAAGUUCUUUAAUGUUCCGUUGCUCAAUGUCACAACAUCUUUCGUUGCUGAAGAGCAGGCAUCUGCUAACAAGAGCAAUGAAAAUUUAUCCCAAAUUGGUUAUGAUUUCCAGGGCGAACGCCAGAGCAAGACAUACCUUCCAUCAGUAUCAACUUCGUUAUCACUAGCUGCUAUUAUUGGCAUUGCUGAAGCUGUCGCUCUCUUCCUUGGGUCGGGCUUCAUUAUGAAUAUCAUGGGUGUACCAGUUGAUUCACCAAUGUGGAUACCUGCUCAAAAGUUUCUUACCUUAAGAGCCUUUGGUGCUCCACCAAUUGUAAUUGCACUUGCUGCACAAGGCACAUUUCGUGGAUUUAAGGAUACCAAGACUCCUCUUUAUGCAAUAGUUGCUGGCAACCUGCUUAAUGCUAUAUUGGAUCCAAUUUUGAUCUUCAGUUUUGGACUAGGGAUUGAGGGUGCAGCAAUUUCUACUGUGAUUUCUGAAUAUUUGAUUGCUUUUAUUCUUCUCUGGAAAUUGAGUGGAGAAAUGUUGUUAAUCCCUGCUAACAUCGAUGGGAGAAGAAUUUUCAAGUAUCUCACAUCUGGCGGUCUUCUUGUUGGUAGAACCAUAGCAGUGCUUACGCCUAUAACACUAGCUACAUCCAUGGCAGCCCGAGAAGGUCCCAUAAAUAUGGCUGGCUACCAAAUAUGCACUGAAGUUUGGUUGGCAAUAUCUCUGCUUACCGAUGCUUUGGCACUUGCUGGUCAGACGCUUCUUGCAAGUGGUUAUUCUGAAAGAAAUUAUGAACAAUCCCGCCGGGUGAUUUACAGCAUUCUCCAGAUAGGCUUAGUGAUGGGAACAGGCCUGGCCAUUAUAUUAUUUCUUGGGUUUGGUGCUUUUUCUAGCUUAUUCACCACAGAUUCAGAAGUUUUGGAUGUUGCCUUGUCUGGUUCACUGUUCGUUGCUGCAUCCCAACCAAUGAAUGCAUUGGCAUUUGUUAUUGAUGGACUCUAUUAUGGAGUUUCAGACUUUGCAUAUGCUGCAUAUUCCAUGGUGUUUGCUGGACUUAUUUCUUCUGUCUUCAUUCUGGCUGCUGCUCCUGCAUUUGGUCUAGCUGGAAUCUGGGCUGGGUUGUUUCUCUUCAUGACAUUGCGUGUAGGAGCUGGAAUUUGGAGGUUGAGCACGAAAAGUGGACCUUGGGAAAGGAUAUGGGACACACCAGAAUUGGAAAGUGAAUGAGAUGUGGUGGAAUUCUCUGAUUCUUGUGUUGAAGUUGUAGGAAUUGCGACGAGACGUAUAAUUUAUUUUACACUCGGACCAACAAGCAGCCUUAGCUUUCACACUGUUACACGAGUUGCAUUGCAUCAUGGUGUGCUCAAAGACCCAAUUCUUUUGUCAUCCAGAUGAAUUGGAUUUGCUUUUAGUGAGGUUCUAACCAACCAUUCAUUUAGUUGCACAAUGGGUCAAUUGAGGAGAUUCAAGAACAACUUGGUUUGUAUUCCUUGCCAGGUUCUUGAUUCUUUUUUCACUAUUGGUGUACAUAUUAUUUUUAUGUUCUCUUUAGCAGUAGCUUCACAUAGAUCAUAUACCUAAGAGGUACUUGUAAUAGAACUGCCAUUUAUUGACUGUAAAUAGCUACACGCUCUUGUAAAGGAGAGAAUAAAAAAUAGGGUAAUUAGUGGCGAAA